GCACACACACGCACAUACUUACACGCAUUCACUUCACCUCACUUUACCUCAUACCUGCACACCCAGUCGACACACUCUCACUGACACUGGAAUUAUAGUAUUACCUACACAAGACUCACUACUCCUCCUGAUGAACAGAAUCCCAAGUUAAUUUCAAUGCCGGGUUUCUGUUUUGUAUGCAUCGGAUCUGAUUUAAUUUUUUGUGGAGAUGAUGAACACCGCUAUUACACAACUUCUAGGUAUAAAGAUGAAAAUUCCAGGUUAUGUUGCUUUUGUAGCAUUGUGGAUCCUAACAAAUUUAUAUAUUGUUUCUGCUUGUGAGGCAGAUCUUUUUGAAUUCAGAGGUUCCUGCUAUAGCUUCUCCCGGAACACAUCCAACUUCUACUCCUCGAAAUCAUCGUGCGACGACCUCGGAAUGCACAUGGUAGAAAUAGGAUCACAAGAGGAACAAGAUUUCUUGGUCGGGAAGAUCCAACACAGUGGAUACCCUGAAAAAGAUUACUGGAUAGGGCUAACUGCCGUGACCUGGCUCGAUGGGACCCCCCUGACUUACGACAAAUUUGGUUUGGUUAAGCUUGGUGCUUUCAACCAAGAUGCGAGAUGCUUUAGGAUGUUUCUUCCAUACAGCUCAGAGUGGUACGAUGACGAUUGUAAUGACGCAAACCAUUAUAUUUGUGAAGCGGAAGAAGCUUGUGAUGCAUUCAAGACGACUGAUGGUUUGAGCUUCCACGAAGCCAACGGGUCUUGCUAUCAUGUCUCUCCUAGUGCAUCCACAUUCUCAAAGGCUAAGUCAAACUGCGAAGACAUCGGGAUGCAUCUUGUGUUCCUUGGAUCCCAAACCGAGCAAGAGGGCGUCGUUGAACUCCUCAGCCACGAAGGGUACAACAUGUCCAAUGAGUACUGGAUAGGUCUCACCCGAUCGGGAUCAGCAGAUGACGGUUCUGCUGAACCACCGUAUCAUAACGUCGGCUCCAAGUCGCCCUCCUUGGCGGGUGAUGGGGUUUGUUACCGUAUGGAAUCGGUUCCUCUUUUCCACUGGCUCGGCGAUGACUGUCACAGUGAACAUCAUUUCAUUUGUGAAAAGGAAGAGACACAGGAGGUAGGUGAGGCAAAUUCGGAAUCCACUACACACACAACGAGGACUUUCUCUUCAACAACUAGUACAGCAACCAAAACAGCAACAGCAACACCAUCAGAAGCAACGAUUAUAACUGAGACGAUAACUCCAACUAAAACUUUACAUUUUAUACAGAGCGUGUUAGUUCGCAAUACAUCAAUCAUGUAUGGCAACUUAUUUGGAACCGAUGACAGAGCACUUACGGAUGCCAUCCUGACACUAUAUGUAUUGAACAUGUCCGAAUGCAGUUUGGAGUGCCUUGGCAAUGCCAACUGCAAUUGUUUCACAAUCAUAGCAGAUGAGAAGAAUAAAUGCUUAUUGGGAAAAGCAUGUACUGUCGAAUACCACAAAGGUGCAAAAUCAUAUCUCUUUAUAAUAUGACAUUUUUUGGGGGAAAAUCUUAUUGCAAAGAGUUUGUACCUUCAUUAAAAUAUCAACGUAAGAGUAUACACUUUUUCUCUAAAUUAUUUACUACAUAUAUUAUUAUGCAGCUUAUUAAUUGAGGCAACUAACAUGAUUAAGUAUUUCCUGGAUCAUAACUGAAUAUAAUGUUUUUAAGGUAGCAUGACCAUAAAUGACAUUCUAAUUUACACUGUAUGGUUUAUCGAGAUGUCUCACGCAUACAAAUUGUGGGAGAGGGUGUCAGGUGCUUGGGUGCGUCUCCAGUAAAAUAAAAAGUUUCAGCAAGAACAAACAAGAGAUAAAGAUGAAAAUAGAAAGGGGAAGAGUGAAUAUUGUUAACUUUUAUAAUAAUAACAAUAAUAACGGUUAUUUAUAUGCGCUAUACACAAAAAGUAUCACAGCGCUUACAAUUGUCAGAAAUAAAAUAUAAAUAUAAAUCUUAAGUAACAAAAAAGUAUAGAAUGAUUAUGACUAUCAAGUCAUAUAACAUCAUUGUAUCAAAAUAUGUUUCCCCAAAUCUCAUCUCGCUCGCUCGCAUUCUUUUAGAACUAUUGUUCUAUCCGCCAAUUUUGCCACAUCAAAAUAUUUGAAUCAUAACGCGAUCAGACAGGAGCGGCGGAAAGUAUUUUCGUUGAAGGGGGGGGGGGGGGGCAAAGCACAAAAGGGCACUUAUAUGUCAAAAUCUGCAUUUUGGUGCAAACGAAUAUUUUUGCCAUAAGAUUACCAUCUGGGUGAAGUAAUUGUGUGUUAUGUAGUAAAUAAGUUGCGCAAAGCAAAUUUUAAAUGAUUUCUAAUUGAUUAUAAUCUGAACUUGUGAAACUCGCUUUUUUUUAAAUUAUGGCGCUCAAUAUACUGUUAAAAGGGCAUUUCUUGCGAGAUACUGCAAGCGCGAAUCGCGAGCUUAAUUUAUGGACAUUUCAUGCAAUAAGACAUGACAAUCGAACAUCGCAAGCAGUUUUUGUUAUCACAAAUGCACAAUAAUGUCACAAAACUAAAUAUGCUUCGAAUAUCACCCCUUUAGAGAUGGAUUACCUUUUUUCUGAAACGCAUUGUAUAACACAAACGUCAUUCAGAUUAUUUUAUUCAUAUUGAUUUGAAUAACUUUCAUAACAUAAUGUUUGUUUAUUGUUCUUUAAGGAUUAUAUUGUAUGCAAAUAUAAGUAUGUAUCUCUGUGAAAAUAUUCUUUAUAAAUUAAUGCUAGCCAGGCAGUACGUAAUUCAUUAAAUGUAUGCUAUAUAUUACCUGAUAUUUUCAAAAACUUGUCAUAUUGUGGUUCAAGACCAUCUCUUCAUUUUCCACGCUUUAUCACUUUUGUGUUGCAUGGUUAUUGACCAAGCCGCUUUCCACUUUAUCAGUCAGGGGGAUGGGUGACUUCAGCAACCCCCUGAGGGGGUAGGCUUCGAUGUGCCAGAACUUCUUUAUAUGUAGCAGAUAGAAGAAAGUCUAUGUUUUCGCCUCCAAGUGGUUUAAGCAAUAAAAGUGGCUUUACUACAUUGUAGAAACCCCGUUUCCUCAAUGUUGCUGCUCCAAAAUGGCGAAUUAUUCAAGAAAUGGGCAAAAUACAAAAACAGGGGCUGGGUGACUUGGGGCAGCCCAUGAGUGGGAAGGGUUUGCUGUGCCCGAACUUCUUUAAACUUAGCUUAUAGAGUAAAACCUACUCUUUCGUCUCCAAGCAAUAUCAAUAAAAUAAAUGUUUUUUUACUAAAAAUGUAUGGUUUUAAUGUCGUAAAUAUCAUGAUAUCAAUACACCUGCUGAGACAAUACAAGCUCCAUAAUUAUAUACGCGUAGCUCUAAAAUGGUCGACUUGACUGUAAAGAACAAUAAUCAUGAAUGCGUAUAAUUAUAUCCUAUAUAGUGUCUUCAUUGUUAUAUGUGCCUACGCUUGAGUAAGCAGGGGUUAUUAUUUGUUUUUGGAAGUUAAGAUGAAGUUAGAAAUAGUAGCCUAGCUAAAAUUUAAUACCCCGACAUGGUCAUAUGACAUUGACCCUGACUGACCUUUGAACUUGAUCAUAUGAACAGAAAACACUCUGAAUGGUUAAUGAAAGCGUGUACGACAUCCUGGUGUAAAGUAAAUCUUACUGAAAAGUGACAUGAUUUGCAACCCAUAAUUGGACAUUAAUGUAAGUUUUGUGUCAGGUAAUUGGUUAAAAAAGACAGAAAAUACAAUUAAAAUCAUAUUUCUUCUCAACGCAGGUU